AUGGAAGAAUCCAAAAUCGUCGUCAAGACGCCGCACAGCGGUACGUUCGCUCUCAAAGCAACGAUAUACUGCGUCUCAGAGCUCGAAAUUGGUCAGCUCACAGAGCUAGCUAUCGCACACGGUGUGGAUCGACGUGGCUGUUCAACUCCCGCCUCGCUCAUCAAGAAACUCGGCCAGGUGUCGCUAUUAACGACCACAAAACACUACAACGUAGACUUCUGCAGGUCGCUAAAACUCACGGUACCACAGCGCUGCACGGCUGGUGAGGUGCGCGAAGCCCUCAUCGCACAUCUCAAGGUCUUUCAGUACCUACCAGUGGAACCAUACAUCGGUCCAACUGUCAUAGAGAUCUCGAAACCUAUCCCUGACGAGACUUACCAAGAAAACAUCCUCGGUGACAAGUACAGCCACAAUGGAAAAUAUCCCACACAAACCACCGCCGCCACCACCAUCGCCACCACCACCACCACAACCAACAAGACUAUCAACGAGCGUGGGGCUUCUCUCCGGUUGUCUAAAUGGGCGCCAAAAACUGUGGCUCAGACGCUCGCACCGGUCCAAACACCCAUCAAGCCGCAAGGCCAAUCUGCCGAUCGGGACAGAUCACUCUGGGCGUCAAGGUGGGCCCCUGGUCGAUUUGUACUCGUUGGAAAGAGAGUCAGCAACGCAGCACGAGCCACCAGUGGAGAAAGUCAGGCAACCCCCCGGACCUUGGGCAAGAGACAAGCACAAGAAAACAAAUAA